ACUUGCAAGCGAGUGAAUAAGUGCGACGUCGAAAAUGACAACCAAAAUACGUCAACGCACCCCGUCGCCCAAAACGGUUACUUUUGAGACGAUACCUUCGCCCAUACCACACAAAAUUUAUCGAAGGAAUAGAUUUCGGAAUCACGUCGAAUGGGAGCAAUAUCUAAACGCUCUACUGGCAGAUCUUCAGAACACCGUAUCGCCUAGCGGGGGUGGUAUCGGUGGUAGCACUUCCGGGUACGGUUCUCUGAACGGACCUCGAAUACCAAGGCAGUCGCCCGUUGCUGAAAAUUACACCAAUAAGACAGAGACGUACGAAGUGAGAUCGGGUACUUAUGGAAAAACUCAGCCUUCGGGUGCACGAAACCCUACUCAACCCCCACAUGGAGGUUACGGUUCGGGGUAUCUACCACAAAAUUCCGGACCCGUGCAUGGCUCGGACAAGCGAUUUAACAACAACUUGUCAGAGCUUGACACACUCCUUCAAGAUUUGAGCAAUGCGCGAUAUGCCAAUACCGUUGAAGUGAUGAAUGGAACGGUUAAUGGAACUUACAACGGUUCGGGCGGACGCAGCCCUGGAACAUACUCUCGCCCAUCCAGCGCCCAAAGCACCCUCAACCGGCCAACCGUUGAUAGCCUUCUUGACGAAUUAAACGCGGGGGAAGUGAUCUACACGGGACCGAAAAAGGUAACAAUAACAGUCAAGGAGACGAAGACCGAAACUGGCUAUCCUGGAGAAGUCGAACUCUUAUCUUCACAUGUUACAACAACCCACCAUGCCCCACCUGCUGCUUCGACGGCCACGCGAGAAUUGGACGACCUUAUGGCCACUCUCUCCGACUUUAAGGUAUCCUCAGGUGGUUUACAACACCAAACGGUAACCGACUCUCAAUACGCGCGUCCAGCCAAGGCUACUCAGUUGCUGACAUCAAGUCCAGCACCACCAAAGCAGAAUUUGGAUUCUAUGCUUGGAAAUUUACAAGCAGACAUGAGCAGACAAGGAGUAAACACCAGUCAAAAGGGAUGCUGCAGUGGUUGUGAAAAGCCCAUAGUUGGUCAAGUGAUCACAGCUUUGGGAAAAACUUGGCAUCCGGAACAUUUCACCUGCUCUCAUUGCUCCCAGGAACUUGGUACCAGAAACUUCUUCGAGAGAGAUGGAAAACCUUACUGUGAACCAGACUACCACAACCUUUUCAGUCCCCGUUGCGCUUAUUGUAAUGGACCAAUCCUGGAUAAAUGCGUAACUGCUUUGGAAAAAACUUGGCAUAUGGAACACUUCUUCUGCGCGCAAUGCGGAAAACAAUUUGGAGAAGAAGGAUUCCAUGAGAGGGAAGGCAAACCCUACUGCCGCGACGAUUACUUCGAUAUGUUUGCGCCUAAGUGCGGCGCUUGCAAUCGUGCCAUUAUGGAGAAUUACAUAUCUGCUCUUAAUUCUCAGUGGCAUCCAGAUUGCUUUGUCUGUAGAGACUGCAGACAACCAUUUUAUGGUGGUUCAUUUUUCGAUCACGAAGGUCAGCCAUACUGCGAAACUCACUACCACUCGAAACGAGGAUCCCUCUGCGCCGGCUGCCACAAGCCGAUAACGGGUCGAUGCAUUACGGCCAUGUUUCGAAAAUUCCACCCUGAGCAUUUUGUAUGCGCGUUCUGUCUGAAACAGCUUAAUAAGGGUACAUUUAAGGAGCAAAACGAUAAGCCAUAUUGCCAUAAUUGUUUCGAUAAACUGUUCGGAUAAAUAUUCAUUUGUGUCAUUAUUUUACAUUAUUAAUGCAUUUACUUAAAAAUUAACAGCGACAAUUAAAGUAGUAUAAUAAGCCAUAAACUGUAAUUAAUUAAUUUGGUAAAAUGGAAUUAUAUUUCUGAGGUGCGGUGUAAGAAUGUUGUGUUUGUAAAUACUAAAUUACUUAUUCGGUAUUAAA